AUGUUCGAUAGCGCACUUACCAAGAACUUCGGUCCAACCGCCCCCUCUACGACAUUCCGCUGGACUGGAAAAUUCAGUGGUACUCUAGAAAUGGAUGUUCCCGAUGGCAAAGUGUACUAUGUCAGACUUUUCAACGUGGCGGGGUCCAGCAAUGUCUUUCGCCGAUUACAAUCCACCAACGGCGUGGCCGGGGAUACCUCUUCCGAUCUAAGCUUGCAGAGAAUUCGGACUUGGAUCAAUGACUGCGAACUACACAACAAAUGUGGCACGGGAAAAGACAUGAAAUUGCCUACGAGGCUCGUUGAUGUGACUCAGCCCGGAGACAGACUUGGAGUCCAUCUAGUAGUUACAUCUGGACAAAUAGGCACAUACAUGUGUCUGAGCCACUGCUGGGGAAAGAUCAAGAUCAAAUGCAAAACGGAAACCGACAAUCUGAAAAGACAACUGGAGUCAAUACCUUGGUCUUUGCUUCCACCCAGCUUCCAACAGGCAGUCGAGAUCACGAGGAAGCUCGGGGUCCGCUAUCUCUGGAUUGACUCACUUUGCAUCAUCCAAGAUGACAAGAUAGAUUGGGAGAAAGAGGCAGCUCAGAUGGUCAACGUGUACCGCAACUCAUACGCCACAAUUGCCGUAAGCUGGUCUCAUGAUUCUGAGGGAGGCUGCUACUCAAAGACAAUUCCAAGCCAGUUCUUUCAGAUCACUACUGAAUGUGGUGACGAAUUCAGACUCGCCUUGGUAACCGGUGAAAAGCGGGACGAAAUGUCGGAAUACGCCAGGGUACAAGAGUAUUUCCCUCUUUUCAAUAGGGCUUGGUGUCUUCAGGAACGUCUCCUCUCGCGGCGGAUCAUCCAUUGCAACUAUGGAGAAAUGGCAUUUGACUGUGCCAACGGGUACUCAUGCGAGUGCGGAGGAGAGCAACACCAGAAUUGGCACAAUUUGAUACGGUUCUCCGGCACAUAUAUACCGCUACGAUCUCGGUCGAAGUACCUGGCACUGCUGAAUAACCCUAUAACAACUUCAAUAACCGCCAUCGCCACAAAGAAUGGGAAAAUCGAUCCUUAUGAGAGAUGGCACCGCGUUAUCGGCGAGUACACCUGCCUCAAUCUUACGUUCACGGGGGAUAUGCUCCCGGCACUUUCAGGCCUUGCUCAUGAGACUGCUGAAGUGACAAAUGAUACCUAUCUGGCUGGUAUGUGGAAGAAUAAUCUUGAACAGGACCUCAUGUGGCGCGUUGUUACUGUGGCGGAUUGGAAGAAGCAACGCGCGAAGAUACUAAAACGAGGAUGGAUCGCCCCGACUUGGUCUUGGGCAUCCACAGGAAGUGGCUGCAAAGUAGACUAUCCUACGUUUCAGAAUGCCGAGUUAUUGGACUACAAGACUCCCGGGAUUAUGGAAACAGCCCAGAUAAGUUGUUCACCUUCUGGGGCUGACCUCUAUGGCUCGGUGUCCUUUGGCUUCCUGACAGCGGUGAUAAAGCGCCUGUCUAUCAUGAUACAGCGACCGUGCUCACACUGGGAUCGGAAACGACGUUGGACAAAUUGGAUUUACGGCAGGUAUCUUCUUUAUGCCCGGGAAGACAAGCGAGAGUUUCGGGAAGAAUGUGCGCCAGUGACUGGUGAGGCACCACUUGAGUUUGGGACUGCGGAAUCGGAGGUAUGGGUUGACCCUUCAGUUGAGCGAAUGAAUUCCUGCUUCAUACGCAAUAGCCGACCUGAAGAAUUCCCGGAAUUGUGUAGGCAUUGCACCUUUCUUCCCGCUGAGUUGAUCUACAUCAAAGGUUAUGGUUUGGGCAGCAGGAAUGCACGGACAAAAGGCACACGGGAUUCUUUUCUUAUUGUUGCCAAGGACGCGACAAGUUCUUACAUCAGGGUAGGGUUAUUGGAGGUUAUUUGCGAUGAUUGGGCUGAAAGACAGAUCUGGUAUCGAAACGUCUGGGCAGCUGCGAAGCCCGAGACAUCGAUCACAAUCUACUGA